AUUGUGUACACCCUGCAUCACAACCUUCGAGGUCCAUUUUCGAUCAGUACAUCCGCAUUUCGCAACAGCCGUCUUCUGCCAGGGACCAGCACGGAACCCAGAUUUUCUAUUCUUCAAACAACUAGUUCCAUCUGCCACGUCUCUGCAGACAGCCCUCCGUCAUGUCUGUCGCAGGAGCCCAGCAGGCGAUCACGCAGGGCGCCAUCGACGCCAUUUUCAACGAUGCGGACAACGUCGGCCAACGCUUUCCUGUCCCAGUCUUGCAAUGCCUUCAAGUCAAAGCUCUGCCCGCUCAGGGACCAGGGAACCAGCCCGAGCGAUACCGUGUGGUGCUCAGCGAUAUCCGGAACUACGUGCAGUGCAUGCUAGCAACUCAGGCCAACGCUGCCAUCCAUGAUGGUACGCUCGAGAGAGGCGUUCUCGUUCGGGUGAAGUCCUACCAGGCGAACAAUGUCAAGGGCAAGAACAUCCUCAUUAUCCUCGACCUGGAGGUUGCGACAGAACUGGGCAACCACGAUCGUAUCGGCGAGCCCCAAGCCAUCGAGGCCAAGCCACAAGGCCAAGCCAACACCACCAUCGGAGGCACCGGUUUCUACGGUGCUAAGACAGAGUCAUCGGCAGCGAUAAAGUCGGAGCCGAUGUCGUCGCGCGCAGGUGGUGCCAGCAACGGCGCUCCUGGCAAGCACGGCAACAACGUCAUCUACCCUAUCGAGUCUCUGUCGCCCUACUCGCACAAGUGGACAAUCAAGGCCCGCGUCUCCUCGAAAUCCGAUAUCAAGACAUGGCACAAGGCCUCGGGAGAGGGCAAGCUGUUUUCAUGCAACCUGCUGGAUGAGAGUGGCGAGAUCAAGGCCACCGCCUUCAACGAGCAGUGUGACCAGUUUUACGAUGUGCUGCAGGAGGGUCAAGUCUACUACAUCAGCAAUCCUUGCAGGGUUUCGCUGGCCAAGAAGCAGUUCACCAACCUCCCCAAUGACUAUGAGCUUGCCUUUGAGCGAGACACUGUCAUCGAGAAAGCCGAGGACCAGUCCAGCGUCCCGCAAGUCAAGUUCAACUUCACCAACAUCCAGGAGCUCCAGAAUGUUGAGAAGGAUGCGACUGUAGACAUCAUUGGUGUGCUGAAGGAAGUCGGGGAGGUUUCGCAGAUUACUUCAAAGAGCACCGGCAAGCCAUACGACAAGCGCGAGCUGACUCUGGUGGAUGACUCGCAAUUUUCCAUUCGCCUCACAGUAUGGGGCAAGACGGCUACCUCAUUCUCAACAGCGCCAGAGUCAAUUGUCGCGUUCAAGGGCACAAAGGUCUCUGACUUCGGAGGCCGGUCACUGUCGCUCCUGUCGUCCGGCACAAUGACUGUUGAUCCCGAUAUCUCCGAGGCGCACCGGCUCAAGGGCUGGUAUGACGCUCAAGGUCGUGCAGACAACUUCGCCACCCACACCAACAUGUCUACUGUUGGAGCGGCCACGGGCCGGCAGGAUCAGACAAAGAGCAUCUCCCAAGUCAAGGAUGAAAAUCUUGGAAUGGAGGAUGCCGCCUACUUCACGACCAAGGCCACCAUUGUGUACGUGAAGCAGGAGAACUUUGCUUAUCCCGCAUGCCGAAACGAGGGCUGCAAUAAGAAGGUUGUCGACCAGGGAGAUGGUCAGUGGCGGUGCGAGAAGUGCGACGUCGCACACUCGCGGCCCGAAUACCGUUACAUCAUGAGCGUCAACGUCAACGACCACACUGGCCAGAUGUGGCUGUCUUGCUUCGACGAAGUCGGCCGCGUCGUUCUUGGCAUGAGUGCGGACGACCUCAUGGAACUCAAGGAGAACGACGAGCAGGCGUUUGCGGCGGCGUUCGAAAAGGCCAACUGUUCCAAGCUCAGCUUCCGGUGCAGAGCCAAGAUGGACACAUACGGCGACAUGCAGAGGGUACGCUACCAAGUCAUGAGCGCCACCCCGAUUGACUUCAAGUCUGAAUCAGCCCGGCUGGCUGAUCUGAUCAAGCAGUUCAGCAUGAACUGAGUUGUUGUCUUGACAAGUGGGAAUGGUGUUCCAAAGAUGAUGGAUAGCUUCACGGGAGACUGUACAUCAGCAUUCUUUGUAGAUAGAGCAACGAAUACGGUGGUAAUGAGAUUAUGAAAUUUCCGAUCUGUACGUAUUGCGAGUCGAGCAUAUCUUAGACCAGGAACGCUUCAACAACCAGAGGUUGUCAAUAGC